GUGAGGUCUCAUCUUCACAGGACGGCAUCUCAAUCACUGCUUGAAUGGAUUAGAUCACUCAAGUGAUUGAUUAUUAAUCACAAAUUUCUUGACAACAUUCAGAAGAGACAUCUUGGGCUCCCCUUGUUUAUGAUGGCAUGUUUUGCUGUGAUCAUUCUGUCUGGAUUCGUCAGCAUCUCAGCAGCAAAGGAAGCAUUCGAACUCUAUGCUGCAGUUGGACAGAGUCUGACUCUGCCUCUUGACUUUGUGGGACUGUCAAACAGACAUACGCUGAGAUGGACUCACAAUAAGACAAUCGUGUUUUUCGGACAACAAGGCCGAGUGAAUGUUGGAAAGCCAGGAGAUAUUUCUGCAAACGGAUCUCUUCAGCUGAAGAACCUGCAGUUCUCCAGUGCAGGCGCUUACCAAGCAGUUGUGUUAAAUCCAGACGAUACUUUGGCUAAAGAAUGGCAGGGUCGUCUCUUUAUGAUGAGCAAGGUAUCAAAACCUCAACUAACUUAUGUGUGUGACGUCAAGUCCGGCGCUGCUAAUCUAAACUGCAAUGUAGCCAAACCUCAGGGUUUGGAUUUCUCAUGGAUGCUCAAUGACGUGAUGUUAACAAAUGAAAUAAGACAAACGUUGAGCGUGUCGUUGGCGCAUAUGAAAGGGCCAAGGGGCUUCUCAUGUAGCGUCGCAAACAAAGUCAGCAGGGAGAGGAGCAACACUGUUCAUCCAAACUGCAGAAGUCCAUCACCGAAUUUGCUUUGUUUUCCAUCCAAAACUGUUUUUGCAGCAGUCACAGGAGGAGUGAGUGUGAUUCUGCUUCUGAUCGUCAUUAUCAUCGUAUUAUUAAUCUACUACAGACGUAACAGGACUCAAACAGGACUCAGGGAGAAAGGGGACGUCAGAAUGCUUUCUCUAAACAAGCAAGAGCCGGGUUCCAUCAGCCCAGAGUAUGAGACCAUGCACCCGACUGAGGAUCCUCGUCCCCCGAGCCCCAAGCCUUCACCGAGAGCCAGUUACCAAAAUGUUUCUCCACCCGAAGCACAGACUGGAAACAGCCCUCUGCAGCUGUCCACUGUCACUGAGUCAAAACAACCUUCACCUGUGCCGAAGCCGAGGACCAAGAAAUCAAAUAUCUGAAUGUGUCUCCCUCAAGAAACUUUCAGUGACAAAAAAUCCAACUAUUGGUGGCUCUGAAACAUGCGACUGAAAGUUUACAGUUUAAUCCUGCAUAGUCUUUAUCACUGUAACAAUAUCUUUGUAGGACUGAUGGGUUAAAUCUGCUGUAAAUGUGACAUGUGGCAUUGUAAGAAGUAUAGAAGAGCAGAAGUGUGAUUCCUGCUACCUGUUAAUUUACAAUAAACUGUGCUGGAAGAAUCUUAGUAUCGAUAUACCUUUCUAAUGUGACCAUUUUAGUGUAUGUUAAUAAUGUCAUUGUAUCUGCUAUUAAUUCCAUAACUGCAACGCUGAUGUUUCUUUGUUCAAAAAUUAAGAAAAUUAUAUUUGAGAAUGUGAAAAGGUUUUGGUUUUUUAGAUGGUGCAGUAGAUUGUGGAUGAGGAGGGUUAUAUUCGAUAUUUUU